GGCGCUCACCAUUCGUUUCUGCUUGUGCCGCUUUCGGUGCAAGUGUUUGCUGCUUCGAAGUAAAUUUGAUUUACGUGCCUUUUGCUGUCGUGUCAACACGAUCAUGGUGAUUCAUUUUAGGCCUCGGCCUCACGUUAACCCACACGCCUGGGCGCACUUACUGUUUGAACUACUUAUUGGAGACGGCUCGUCUGCUGCUGCUGCCCUUCGUUUGUAUUGGCGCCCGGUGUCUUCGUAUUCACUCUGCACAGGAUUGGCUAUAAAUGAGGAUGGCGGACGACAUACCUUCAUCAUUUCAACUCACAGUGAAUGCAGGGGACAGCCUGCCAGGACUGGUACUGGUGGACCAGAUGGCGGAGCAGGCUGACAGCCCACCACUGCGACUAGUGCCUGUUGGAGGUGGCCAGUUUCUGCUGGCCAAGAUGGCUGGUCUGCCUCCUGAUGAGGAGAACAGCUUGUCUGGCAGCACCUCCGCGCAAGAUGACUUGGCAACACAACUGGCAGAGCUUCAGGCCGAGGUUCUGCAAAGGCUAGAGGGGAUCUCCAACAAGCUGAGUGCAGUUGAGACACGCUACUCCAAUCUUGGUGACAAGAUCCACAGUCUUACAGCAAUGCUACGUACACCGGCAUCUGCUGGAAGCUCUGCCAGCACGCCCUCAAGUGAGACGAGGACCGGUAUGCCUGUCUGUGUACCAUCACCAGCUGGUGGAACUGUGGAAGACUACCCAGAUGGUUCCUGGCUUGGGAAUCCCGCAGAUCCAGAUAUGCGAGUUCGUGUGCCAAUCUCACCUCAGGAUUUGGAGGUCCUCAACCGGACAUGCACCACCCCGGAAAAGAUGGCAUUAACACUACUUGACUUUCUUUUUGAUCGGGAGGUUCAGGCCAGCUCAAACAUUUCUGGCACUGGGCGUCAUGGAAAACGACAGCUGGACCCACUUCGCAUCUUUGCAAUAAAAUGUCAUCUUGUACACCACUUCACCAUCAAUGACUAUGACUGGCAUCGAAUCAAGCAGAAUAUGGACUCAAAAUGCCGUACAGCAUUCAGGCGCAAAAACAGGGGCAUGUCACUUUCAGUCAAGGCGUUUCGUGACAGAGGUGUAUACCCCACCACAGGCUCGAAUUCUUCACAUGCAGAGGACCCUGCUGAGCAGCUAGCACUUCUUUCCGAAGAUGCUUUGUGUGAUAUUGCCAGCUUACAGCCACAGAUUAUCCGCACCGAGCAUGGGGACAUCCAGGUUGUGCAGGCUACUGCUGAGCAGCUUGCAGAAAUGGAACGGAACCCCCAGAUCCACAUUCUUGCCAGCACAGAGGUUCUCAGUGCUGCAGACAUUGAGCAAGACGAGGUUGAAGAGGACCUAGAGCCAUGACACUGUUGAAUGAACAGUGGUCUGACAAAUGUUUCGUCAGUCCCGGUCUCAGGGAGGAGUGUACUGGUCCACAGGAACUUGCCUACUACUGCUAAGCUGCAACGUCGGGAGUCCGACAAGUCCAUCCAUGGCUCCACUCGUCCUGCCUGAGCAGUCUUGAGUGUUGAAAUCUUCACCUCCACCCAAAAGAAAGGAAGGCGUUAGUGUUCUAAGGACAGGUGGCCAAUCGUAUAACGUUUAUUCAGCAUGCCCAUUUUGCUCAGCAUUGUUGGUCUUUGUUUUUAUUGUUAAUUGUGUUCAUAGUUGGUACAGCAUCAACUGUCAGUGCUCCAUUUCAUGAAGAACCAAUGUAUGUAUGGUUAUGCUUGUUAAGUGCGUUGUAAAUAUGUGUAUAUAAAGAAUUAAAGCAAGCAUAUGUUA